GUGCAACGUGUUUUUUUUUUUUGCUGGUAAUUUUGUGAAUAUCCAUAAAUAUCCACAAUGCCUAGGAGUCCGUCGACAGGAAGAGCAGGAAAUUUUCCUCCGAAGUCAGAUACCAAUAGAGGUCAUCGUCUAUAUCAGCACACAAACAAUCUCUACGUCGCGAUGGACGAAGACCAACUCGACGUGAUCAACGGUGACGAUACUGGUCAGAAUGGCCACGGUAGCGGCAACGGCGUAGGACGGAGGAGGAAGGAUUUGGAUGUCGACGACAAUGGAGUAACACAUCGCGUGGUCAUCGACCGCGAUUGUUAUUCGAUGUCGGAAUUUCAUGAGCAACAUGGAUACCAACGGAAGGAUAAACUGAGCCCGAGGGAAUUCGUACAGCGUAAGAUCAAACGAUGUCGGUGUGGAGUAGACCAGUUUCUAGGUCUAAUCGUCUAUAUCUUCCCUGCAUUUGACUGGCUACGUCAGUAUAACCUAAAGAAUAAUGCAGUCGGAGAUUUGAUGGCAGGCAUCACAGUGGGCAUUGUCAACAUACCACAGA